AUGAGCCUUUCCCUGUACCGCGACCCCUUCUUCGACAGCUGGGACCUGCUCCCCUUCCGCCGCGCGCAGGAGGAGCAGCAGCGCUGGAACAUGCUCGGCUCGUGCGACAUUGUGGAGAGCAAGGACGCGCACAUCUUCACCAUGGACACGCCCGGCAUGUCCAAGGACGACGUCAAGAUUGACGUGGAGAACGACGUUCUCACCGUCUCUGGCGAGCGCAAGAGCAAACAGGAGCAGAAGGACGACAAGGUGCACCGCGUUGAGCGCCACUACGGCUCCUUCCAGCGCAGCUUCCGCCUCCCGGAGGGCGUCGACGCCAGCAAGGUCAAGGCCAAGUUCGACAACGGCCAGCUGCGCAUCGAGGUGCCCAAGCCACCCCAGAGCGCCAAGAAGGCCAAGACCCAGGUCGCCAUCACCGACUGA